CUUAUCAACGAUUUUGACAACAAAUUAACCUCUACGAGAUCAAAUCAAAAACUAAACUAUCGAACCCCUUUUUAAAUGAAACAGAAGGAGACAAAAAAUGCAUUGGGCGAAUAUUUUAAUAUUAUCUGCUUUAUUAAUGAUUACACAUGCUACUUUAAGCCCCAAAUCGAAGAAAAAGCAAACAACAGAAAAGCCUCUAGUGAAAAAAAAUGUCAAACCUCAGAACAAUAUUAUUAAAGGUCCUUUAAAUGAAACAGUUUUUCACAGAAAUUUGGUUAACGAUGGACCAUUAUGGGCUUCAGAUAUAAUAAGCAACCAUCGCGGCUAUUUUCGAGAAACUGACGAAUAUUCCUUUGAUGGUAUAGUAUUAGGUUAUGUUACACCGUGGAAUAACCAUGGGUACGAUGUCGCUAAAAUUUUUGGUAACAAAUUCACCCACAUUAGUCCAGUGUGGCUUCAAGUGAAGAAAAAUGGGGCUCUUCAAUAUGAAUUAGGUGGCACGCACGAUAUUGAUCUUGACUGGCUAUUAACUGUUAAAAAUGCUGGAAGGCAAAGAAAGUUGAAAAUUGUUCCUAGAAUACUCUUCGAAGGGUGGUCUGGUCAAGAUUUUAUAAACUUGAUCGCUAAGAAAGCAGAAAGUGAAGCAUUUAUGGAUAUGCUCUUGGAAUCAUGUGAAAAGUGGCACUUCGAUGGGUAUAUUUUGGAACUGUGGGCCUCCUUAGCUAAUAGAAUCCAAUAUGAUCUCAUUAUUGAUUUUAUCAAAAAUAUUGGUGACAAAUUAGCGCUGCAACGCCUUGAUACAAUUUUGGUGAUACCACCAAAAAGAGGAAAAGAGUUUACUUUCACUCAAAAUCAUUUUGAUGAGUUAUAUGAACAUGUUACAGCUUUUUCUCUAAUGACCUAUGAUUUUUCCACAAUAUACAGACCAGGACCAAAUGCACCUCUGCCAUGGAUUGAAGAUUGUGUGAAACAACUAACAUCAGAUAUCGAUAAACGGCCAAAAAUUUUAUUGGGUCUCAAUUUCUAUGGGAAUAUGUACACAGUUAAUGGAGGUGGACCCAUUGUGGCCCAUGAAUAUCUGAAUGCCCUUAAAAAAUUCAAUGGAGAAUUGAAAUUCGACCCUAGCAAUGCUGAGCAUUAUUUUGAUUACGAGAGUGAAGGUAAAAGAUACCUUGUAUUUUAUCCAACACUGCAAUCAAUUGAAGCAAGAAUUGAGCUGGCCAAGGAGCUCAAAACUGGUUUAUCAAUUUGGGAAUUAGGUCAAGGACUUGAUUAUUUUUAUGAUUUGUUAUAAAAUGUAUUGAAAAAUAAAUUUUUUUAGUUA